GGGUAUUUGGAUAUACUUACGAUUGCAAAUUGUGAAAAACUGUUUGAAAAGCACUGACUACUUUUAGUGUUCUGUGUAAAAUCCUUUGCUCUUCUCCUUGCCUAUAUUUUAUUAUUUGUUAAUAGUAAGUCAUUCUGUAAUAUGCAGAAAUAUGAAAAACUUGAGAAAAUUGGUGAAGGCACAUACGGAACUGUUUUUAAAGCUAAAAACAAAGAGACUCAUGAAAUAGUCGCCUUAAAGCGAGUUAGACUCGAUGAUGACGACGAAGGAGUGCCAUCAUCAGCAUUACGUGAGAUAUGUCUCUUAAAAGAACUAAAGCAUAAAAAUAUUGUUCGAUUAUAUGAUGUUCUUCAUAGCGAAAAGAAAUUGACACUAGUUUUCGAACAUUGUGACCAAGACCUAAAGAAAUACUUUGAUAGUUUAAAUGGUGAAAUAGAUUUGGAUGUAGUAAAGUCAUUCAUGUAUCAGCUGCUACGAGGGUUAGCUUUCUGCCACAGUCACAAUGUACUUCACCGGGAUCUAAAACCUCAAAAUCUAUUGAUCAACAAAAAUGGAGAACUAAAAUUAGCAGAUUUCGGCCUGGCUAGAGCCUUUGGCAUUCCAGUCAAGUGCUAUUCAGCAGAAGUGGUUACUCUUUGGUAUCGUCCACCUGAUGUUUUAUUUGGAGCAAAACUUUACACAACAAGUAUAGAUAUGUGGUCUGCUGGUUGCAUAUUUGCAGAACUAGCUAAUUCUGGCAGGCCUCUAUUUCCAGGCUCUGAUGUUGACGACCAGCUAAAACGGAUUUUUAAGCUACUAGGAACACCAAAUGAAGAUACAUGGCCUGGAGUAACUCAGCUGCCAGAUUAUAAGCCAUUACCAGUUUACCAGCCUAGCUUGGGUCUUGCUCAAGUUGUGCCCAGAUUGUCUGCUCGUGGGAGAGACCUUCUGGCUCGUCUACUUACUUGCAACCCAGCACUACGGAUGCCAGCUGAUGAUGCAAUGGCACAUGCUUACUUUCAUGAUUUGAAUCCUUCUGUGAAGAAUGACAGGUGUUAACAGUCAAUACACCCUUAUAGGUGUACUUCUGAACUGCUUUUUAGUGCUAAAAAUAAUGAAACUGAAGAUGAUGUACAAGAAUACAAUGAUGAACAGUGAAUUGUUUUUAAGUAUUAUUAAUUAUUACUUAUUUAAAUAGUUCCUUUAAAAAAACAUAUUAGUGGAAGUGGAGACAGUGUAAGGUAUUAAUUAGAUUUGGAUAUUAUUUGACAAAAAAACAUUUUUAAAAUAAUAUAUAUAUAUAUAAAUUUACAAGUUUAAGAUCAAAACUAUGAUUUGGAUUUUAGAAAUCUAGACUUUAAAUUACCAUAUUAUGUCAAAGUUUAUUUAUAAGUAUAAGUGUUUAUUUUUUAUAAAUGUUUGUCUUUAGUUAUGAUAGUAACAAAAUCUUACAAACUCGAUUAUUACACAAUAGGAGUUGAUUAUCAGUUUGCUCAGUGAUUUUACUACAAGUUUCUAAGAAUUAUUAGUUUGGUGACAAGAUCUAAAUUUGAUUGUUGUCACUUUCAUUAUUUUGAAGACAAAAACAGUGU